CGAAAAACAAAAUACUAGUAUAAGAAGCAAGAUCACAACCGAAACAUGGUAAGUGUAAAGACUAGUUUGAUAGAGUAUUUCCGAAUUCUGAGUUUUGCCCAGUUUCUGGUCUCGAACAAGUCUGGAAGAUUGAAAAUUUCAUGUUUUCAUACCUGAUUUUAUAGCUCAAAUACCCACUUCAAAUUCUUACUCUUUACUGGUGCCUGAUGGUAUGUCUAUUCAUAUUUCAUUGAUUUAAGUUAUGUACACUACCAUAUUUUAUAGCUCAAGUAGACAACUACCCACUUGAAGAAAUUGAAGCAAAUCUCAUCAAUGCCCACUACCACAGUACUCAAUUUCUGAGCUUUUUUAGAUAUUGUUUAUGUUCACUGAUAUAGUGAUAUAAGUGUAUUGUGCUUAAUUUUAAGAAUUAAAGAACAUUGUUAAUGUUAAUUGGGUCAUACAAUACUUAUCUUCUGUUUUCUAUGCCCAUUUGAAGAUUCAAUUCAAUUUUCUAUAUGGGGUUCUUUUGUUUGGGCUUGUAGAUUUACAGUUAUUGUAUUUUGAAUUUUCUGUCUUAAAAAUUUUUCUAUUUUUUUGGAAUUUGUUGCUCUCUAUUAAGAUCAUGGAUUGAAAAACCCUAAAAGCUUGAUGGGUUGUCUUGUUAAUAGUAAUAGAAGUGGUUUUUGUUGAGUGAAACAAUUUUUAGAGGAUGAAAAGGUGGUCUGGUGGAACCCUAAUUUUAAUAUUAUCUUCCAUUUUGGUGGUGAGGUACACUUACUUUAAUACUCAACCAUCAAAGCCUGUUAAGCAAUCAACAUAUGAUUUCUUUAGAAACCAUCCUACUAAUGAUUUACAAAAACCCGGAAUCACUUCGAUUGCGAUACCUUCUAAAAAGAAUGGGACAGUAGCAGUAAAGGUUAAAGAGAAGCCUGGUCUAAUUGAUGUUGAAGGACUUAGUGAAUUGUAUAGUUCGGUUAAUACAUCUGGAGAUGAUUUGAAAACCUUUGCGACUUGGCCUCACUUACGCCCGGUCUUGUUAAGGUCAGAUGGGUUGCCUGAAACAAGUAAAGGUGUGAAAGAGGCUUCCGUUGCUUGGAGGGAGUUAGUGUCGGUUAUAAAGAGGGAGAAAACGUCGAAAAUUGUUGCGGAUGGUGGCAAUGUUAAUAGCACUAAUGAAAUUAAGUGCCCUUUUAGUGUUAGUACUUUUGAUGAGCCUGUGAAUAGUAGUAGGAGACAUCUUGAGCUCCCAUGUGGUUUGAUAGAAGACUCUUCUGUUACUUGGAUUGGUAUUCCUAAUGGUAAGAAUAGAAGCUUCCAGAUUGAAGUUGAGAGUGCAGGAUUUCAACAUGAGCGAAAACCCCCGAUUAUAUUGCAUUAUAAUGUCUAUCUGCCAGAGGAAAAUAGUACUCAAAAUUCUGUAAUUGUUCAAAAUACAUGGACUAAUGAAGGUGGCUGGGGAAAGGAAGAAAAAUGCCCGAGUGGAAAGUCAACUAGAUAUUUCCAAGUUGAUGGACUGGCUAGUUGUUAUGAACAACUUAUCAGAACUGCUAUGGAAGAAAACAAGAGCAACCCAGUUAGUGACAAGCAGAUUAACAGUUCCUUGGCACAUGUUCAUGUCAGAGCUAAUUUUCCAUUUAGUGAAGGAAGCCCUUUUACUGCUACAUUGUGGGCUGGUUCGGAAGGAUUUCACAUGACUGUCAAUGGAAGGCAUCAAACUUCCUUUAAAUAUAGAGAUAAGCAGAACCUGGAGCCUUGGCUAGUUAACAAGGUCAGAAUAACCGGUGGUGUGAGCGUCUUGUCGGGCUUAGCCAAAGAUCUCCCUGUAUCCGAAGAUAUGGAUAUAAUUGUUGAUGUUGAUCAACUCAAAGCUCCACCGUUGUUAAAAAGAAGAAUUUUUUUGCUUGUUGGAGUUUUUUCUUUUGGAAACAACUUUGAACGUAGAAUGGCGCUAAGAAGGUCUUGGAUGCAAUAUGAAGCUGUGCGCUCAGGCAGUGUAGCUGUUCGCUUUCUUAUUGCUUUUCACAAGAAUGCAGAAGUAAAUCUUGACCUGUGGAAAGAAGCUCAAGCAUAUGGAGACAUUCAACUGAUGCCUUUUGUGGACUAUUACAGCUUGAUCAGCUUGAAAACGAUCGCUGUUUGCAUUCUCGGGACUAAGAUUCUUCCUGCGAAGUAUAUAAUGAAAACAGAUGAUGAUGCUUUUGUGAGAAUUGAUGAAGUGCUUUCAAGUCUCAAAGGGAAGGCUACGAGUGGUGUACUGUAUGGUCUCAUAGCGUUUCAGUCGUCCCCUCACAGGGAUAAAGAGAGCAAGUGGUUUGUUAGUGAAGAGGAAUGGCCGAAAGAUUCAUAUCCACCGUGGGCUCACGGUCCAGGUUAUAUAGUUUCUCGGGAUAUUGCAAAAUUUAUUGUACUUGGUCAUCAGGAAAGAGAUCUCAAGCUAUUCAAGUUAGAGGAUGUUGCUAUGGGCAUUUGGAUCGAGAAAUACAAGAACACUGGCAAGGAUGUGAAGUACAUCAGUGAUGAUCGUUUUCACAAUACCGGAUGUGAGAUGGAUUACAUCCUUGCACAUUAUCAAAACCCGAGAAAGGUGCUAUGCUUAUGGGAGAAGUUGCAAAAGGAACACAUACCGGCCUGUUGUGAAUAGAUUAUGAAACAAAUCCACUUUCCUACAUUGUGAGACACUUUUGAUUCCAGUUUUGAUUUGCUUGCUUUUUUUUGGUGCGAAGUUCAUUAGCCAACAUCCCUAGGCAUCUGCAUAUUGCAUACUCGUAUUUAAUAACAUUCAUCUUGUAACAAAUCGAGAUUAAACUUGAACAACUUUAGUUUCAUUCAUAUUGGUACAACAAAAAUGCCAAAGUCUUAAUCCAAACAAGUUGGGGUCAGCUAAUGACCAUGGGAUGUAACUAGGUUUGAGUGAGUUGGUUGUUACAAAGCUACUGCUCACCCUCCUCCUAAGGACCGGAAAUGAGCGAUGAGCAUUCACUGGCGAAGUUUUGUGCAAUUUGUCCUCAUGAGAAAUUUAUGUAUGUAGUUGUGUUUUGUAUGAUUUGUUUUGCACAGAUCUGAGAUUACCUGUGUCAUUGUGUUCUACCAAUGAAAGUUCUGAUAAAAAAUAUUACUCCAUUAAAUGUUAUGAUUUUAGUGUUUGAUGGCAUAUAAAAAAUAUUAAUUGUAAUGAUUAAAAAGAAGAUUAUAUUAUUUCAUUAAUAUAACUAUUUUCAUACCGACUCUACUCUAUAGUGGUAAUAUAAUCAAUUUU